AUGACUGUCCCCCAAUCAAUUCAGUACAUUGACGCUAAAGGCAGAGUGAAUAGGGCGUUAGCAAAAUUAAACACUUUCGUAAAGGCUUCCAGCGAGUAUAAUAAUGAUAGAUCAAGUGUCAGUAAACGUGCCAAGAUACGGCAGAUGCUGAGUGAGCUGAGUGAGAUUCGUCGCCAGGUUGAGGACGACGUCCAAAUAAUGGAAACAUCUGUUGGUCAAAAAACUGCCCCUAUUGAUGUUACUGACAAUCAAUGUAGUACUUUACUAAUUGAGUCUUUCGAUACACUCUAUUACGAACUUGCUGCGUUUGCGGAUGUCCAUUCAUUUUCAUUAUCAAAAUCGAACAAUUCAGCCUCCAAUAACACAGUCUUAAACCAGUCAAGUGGUAUCAACAAUUUAUCAAUGUUUCAACUGCCCAAGCGCAAGCUUCCAACUUUCUCUGGUAAUAUUGUUGAGUGGCAAGGGUUUGAGGAUCUUUUUCCGUCUAUUUUAUCUCAUGCUCCUGAGUUAUCAGACGUAGAAAAAUUUGAACUCUUGAAAACGUCCCUCGAAGGUGAAGCUCUCUCUCUCAUUUCUCAUCUCGCGCUCACUUCAGCAAAUUACCAAAGUGCUUGGGAUCUUUUGCGAAUGAGAUAUGGAAAUAAACGGGAUCUGGCACGGAUACAUCUUGACGCGCUUUUGCAGCCUCCUGAAGUGAAGUGGAAUGAUUCUUCAUCAAUUAAAACUGCGAUUACUACAAUCCUGGAGCAUACUUCAGCGUUGGAUAAUCUUGAAUUCGUAACUCGUGAUUGGAGUCCUAUACUAAUACACCUUUAUGAAAAUCAACUCGAUUAUGAACUGCGUUCUCGUUGGGAGCUUCUUGUCGGAGAUAAACAAAACCCCUAA